AUGAAUCGAGCCAUCUCCCUCAAAUUUAUACUCUGUUCUGUACUUCUUGUACUGUAUCCCAGGACAGAAAGCCAGUGGGUGCCAAGGCCACCUACCUUACCAAUUAACCCCCCUCCACUUUGUGCAUCCCAGUAUGCACUAGUAAGUCAUGCCUGUGCAACAUUGCCAUUCACCGCGCUGCCUCCACCUUCUCGUCUGUCAUCAUCUUCUCAGUCCGAUCAUUCAAGUCAUAGGCAUCGGCACAGACAUGAACACAGACACCAGAGGAACGGACAUAAGGAAGCAGGUGGAGAAAAUGAUUGUUGCCGGUGGUUAAGAGAACUCGAUAAUGUUUGUGUUUGUGAUCUUCUCACGCACUUGCCCCCGUUCCUUAUUAGGCCUGUACACAAUUACACUGUCAUCGUUGAUGAAACAUGCAAUGUGACUUUCCAGUGCGGGUCAAGUUGGGUUAGGGUCUGA